AUGUCUGGAUUUGUGAUUAACUUGAUGAAUGUCACUCCUCCGAAAAUGCGGCCGAAAAAACAUCUGGAUCUGAAUGUCCACAAUUUCAGAUGUAAUUUUGACAUGGACCAGACAUCCCCUGUGGAAUGCUCUGAAGUCCGAAAUUCUGUGGGUCUUUUCCAUCCGGAUGUAUUAAUUGCCAUAGAGUACACCAAUGUCCGACAUUUUGGAUGUAAUUUUGACACAGACCAGACAACUCCUGUGGAAUUCGCUGAACUCCGAAAUGUUAGUGUACCAAUGUCUCAAAUUCUGGAUGCAAUUUUGACACAGACCAUCCAACCCACAGAAUGCUUUGAUGUCUGA